AUGGCGACGAUGGCUUCAGUCGGCUCUCCUCGCGCCGCUGCCAGCGUGCGCUCGCGCGGCGCUUUAAGUGCAGGUGCGCCUCAGGGCGGGACAUCAUGGUGCUGUUACCCUGCUGUCCCGCCCGCCCAGCGCAAGCGCAACCCGGCCACUGCCCGACGCCAGCCUGUCUUCUCUGCAACCCUCCUCUCUCUGACCCUCAUCGUCUGCUUCUUCACCACCACUGCGUCUGCCUUCCAGCUGCCUUUCUUCAAUAACCCGACGCUCGGCACCAACUCCACCAUGUCUGUCCAAAAAUACAGCCUCCCGCCGCUUCCUUACGGCUACGAUGCCCUCGAACCCGCCAUCUCGCGCCAGAUCAUGGAGCUGCACCACAGCAAGCACCACCAGACGUACAUCACGAACCUGAACGCGGCGCUCGCGACGUACGCGACGGCCACGGCGGCCGGCGACAUCCCGACGCAGCUCGGCCUGCAGCAGGCGCUCAAGUUCAACGGCGGCGGCCACAUCAACCACUCGCUGUUCUGGGAGAACCUCGCGCCCGCCAACUCGAGCGACGUCAAGCUCGCGACGGCGGCGCCGAAGCUGGCGGAGCGGAUCGCGGAGACGUGGGGCGCCGAGGAGAAGUUCAAGGAGGCGUUUGCGAAGGCGCUGUUGGGGAUCCAGGGGAGUGGGUGGGGCUGGUUGGUCAAGAUGGAGGGUGAGGGCGGUAGGCUGGCGAUUGUGACGACCAAGGACCAGGAUCCCGUCGUUGGCCCUGGUGAGGUCCCCAUCUUCGGCGUGGACAUGUGGGAGCAUGCGUACUACCUGCAGUACCUCAAUGGCAAGGCUGCGUACGUCCAGAACAUCUGGAGCGUCCUCAACUGGAAGACGGCAGAGGAGCGCUUCCUCGGCACCCGCGCCGAUGCGUUCAAGACUCUCAAGGCAUCCAUUUAA